AUGGAGAGACGGAAAAUGAGCAAAGAAGAAAGGAAGAUAGAACUGGUUUCUCAAACUGAAGAUGUUUAUAAAAGUAAUGGUGUUAUUGAUAUGCCUGGAAGAUUUCUUGAUCACAAUCAAAGCUAUUCUACAAUUCGAGAUUCGAGGAUUGCAAGUGUUACUGAAAGAAAAAAAUCCGUACACGCAAAUGUUAAUGAAUCUGAGGAACGGAAUGCAUCCCAGUCGGUAGUAAUUGAUCACAUGUCCCAACAUGUAUCAAAAUCCAGUGAACGAAUGGAAGCUGAACUUGCCGACGUAGCCUUUCAAACGAAGGAAGGAUCGAAUUUAAAUCUGGAAAAAGAACCUAAAGCAUUACCUGCUGUCGUGGAAAACGAGGAUCUUCUUACGUGGUGUCAAAGGGUGACCAGUGAUUAUCCUUCAGUCAGAAUAACCGAUUUUGCGAAAAGCUUUCGUUCAGGUCUUGCGUUCUGUGCAAUUAUUCAUCGCUAUCGCCCAGAUUUGCUUGGACCGUUUAGCAAACUGAAUUUUACAGAUUCACACAGCAACCGCCUUGAGAAUUGUCGCAAGGCAUUGGAUGCUGCUACUUUGAUUGGCGUUGAAAAGAAAUUGGAUCCUGGUAUAACUGUAACAUUACCAGAUCGAAAUGAUAUUCGAUGUUUCUUGUCUGAAUUACGCAUGCUUCUUGUGGAUGUUCCAGCUAUUAAGCGUGAAUCGAGUGUGAAUGAAUCGGACUAUCGAAUAUCCUCACUCUUCAAUCUGUCAGAAUCGGAAACAAAUGUUAUGAGAGAGCUUGAAAUUUUACGUAGACAACGUGAACGUGACGAAGCCGUCGAUCUAACCAAUAUCAUUGAUGAAGACCGCACAAAAUUCAGCGCCGUUGUACCAGGCUCCCAGAAAGUGGAAGAUAUAAGAAGUAUGGAAACCGAAAAAAGAUCAGAAAAACUGAAUGAUCCGUUUGAUUCUGAUUCUGAUUCCGACGCUGCGAACAGUCGCGCGACGUAUAUACCGGUGGCACAUCAGUCAAGCAUUAAUAGAAAUGCAGAUGUUAAUGUAAAUAUUAACACAGCUCCAAUUUCAUCGGUUGUUACAACUCGUCAUGUAGAGUUGAUGAAAAAACGUCAACAGAUAUCUUCUGUUCCGUCUAUAAUUACUGAUUCUACGGAUGCAGUUGCACGCGAGAGACGACAUCGAGAGGAGGCUCGACGCUUAAUGAAUGAUGCCGCUUCCGAUGGUGCAACACUAGUAAUUGGUGGUAGUGCACCAACAACGGCCCAUCAGUCUCCAGCAGUGGCAACUACGUCUGGCUUGCUUCGAAAGCUGCCGCCAUUUGCCAGUAAAGAUGUUGGAAGAAGCAAUUUACAUACACUUGAAUUGGUUACUCCAACGGUGAAAAUUUACAAUUUCAAAAAAAUUCAACCUUCUCCAACGUCUCAACGUGAAAUAUAUGAAACACCAGUAUCUUCGCCACAUGAAAGAUCUACUGGAAGAUUGUCAAGCAGCAUUACUGAUAUUCAAAAAAGUAGCCUCGGUGUCACGCUAGAUAGAGCAAAAAGGUAUGGCAGCAUGAGAGGUCAGGAAUUAAUUGAAAGCGUUGCAAAAGUAGCUGGGCGAGCGUUCACACCAUCUUUAUCAACUUCGGAUAAUCCUGUAAAUGCAACACCAACGCGAAAACUGAUUUCUCAAUGGGAAAAAGAUGGUGCGGACUUGGAAAAGAUUCAGGCAGAGUUAAACUGCCUUUCGAAACGUUUGGCACAAGUUUCUGGUGAAGAUGAAAUUAUCUGUUCACAACUUAUGAAAGCAAAAGUUUCGUCGGAAGAAGAGGAACGUUUAUUGCAAGAACAUAUGAGGUUACUUACAGAAAAAGAUGCCAUUGUUAGACGAACGGAAUAUUUUAAUGUACUGGAACAGUUACGUGAGGUGGAGGAUGAAAUAACAAAAUUGCAGCGUAAAUUAGGCUCUGCUUCUGUUAUUGAUCAAAUUGAUAAGACUGAAGAUGACAAACAGAAGAUUGAUAAAAUGAUGGAUGAUUUGGUUGCGCUAGUGAACAAAAAAGAUCGCUUAUCACAGAAGUUGAUUAGCCAUGAAGCCGAAGAUGAAGAGAUAGAUGAAAGGGAUCGAUUAACUCUCGAAGCAGCUGCGAACUUUUCACGUGGCACCGAACAACCAUUAUCAGCUUCCAAAAGGAUAAUAACUUGGAUUCGGUCAGAAAUUAGUAGCUGA